GAGGAGGAGGACGAGGUUGGAGGGGGGGAAGAGUGUGCGUAACUGCGGUUAACUGGAGCGGACUUCAGCUUCCCCGCAUCUUGGAGAAAAGAUCCUACUCCCCCCUCUGCUGCCUCUGAGGCUGUGCUCAUCCGCUACAGAUACUAACUCCGGACCUUCUGGAAAGAGGAAGAGAGAGGCUUUACUACUGUUAUUAUCAUUUCUUCUCCUUCUCCUCCCUUUUAAGGCAGUUUUGUGUCUGGAAUCAGAGGACUGAGUCAGAGGUGGGAUUAUUUCUGCACGUUUUCCUCCAGUUCCGCACCGGGUCACCUGGCUCCUCCUGGGAUUCAGGACUACUUCCACCGAGUCGUCAGGAGCCAGUGGCGAAUAGGGAGAUGAAGACGUUAUCUCUCCUCUCCCUUCUCCUCCUCUUUGCCUCGGGAGCCUGUGACGAUGUCAAGUACAUCACCAAGAGAAAUUCAGUGGACGGAUGCAUAGACUGGUCGGUGGACCUGAGGGAGUACCACGUCCUGGCCGGCGAGCCCGUUCGGGUCAAAUGUGCCUUGUUCUACAGCUACAUACGAACCAACUACACCAUGGCCACCAACGCCAAGCUGCGUCUCAUCUGGUACAAGAACAAAGGAGAUGCGGAGGAGCCUAUCAUCUUCUCCGGUCACAGGCUGAGCAAAGAAGACGAUUCCAUCUGGUUUAGAUCUGCUGAAGUGGAAGAUAACGGCUUCUACACGUGCGUUCUAAGGAACUCGACGUACUGCAUGAAAGUGUCCAUGUCGAUGACCGUGGAGGAGAGCGACGAGGGGAAGUGCUACAGCAGCAAAAUCCGCCACCUGGAGAAGGCCGAGGUGACCCACAGCAAAAUGAUCACCUGUCCCGACAUCGAAGACUAUCUGGCUCCGUACAAACAACCGCAGAUGACCUGGUAUAAGGAGUGCGAGCGAGUGGAAUGGAGGAGCUCCGUUACCGUCAACACUACGCACGUCUGGAUUCCUGAGGUGGAGGAGGGCGACGCCGGGAACUACACGUGCGAACUGCAGUACGGAUCCAAGCAGGUGCGACGGACAACGCAACUCAAAGUGACAGCGCUCCAGACGACUCAGCCUCCCAAAGUUCUUUUCCCUCCAGAGAGACAAGACACGGUGAUAGAAAUCACGCCUGGUAUGUCCCUGAGUCUGGACUGCAAGGCCUUUUUCGGCUACAGCGGAGAAAACAGGAGACCCAUCAUCUACUGGAAGAAAGGAGAGAAGUACGUGGAAGAGCUGGCAGGACACAUCAAAGAAAGUGAAAUCAUGAUCUUGAGGGAACAUUUAGGCGAGAAGGAAGUGCAGGUGUCGCUGACGUUUGACGCCGUGGAGGAGGCAGAUCUGGCCAAUUACACCUGCUACGUAGAGAACCGCAUCGGGAAGCGCAGCGGGAGCGCAAUACUGCAGAAGAAAGAUAUGUAUCGCCUGGAGCUGGCGGGCGGCCUUGGGGUCAUCCUGCUGCUGCUGGGGAUCCUAACUGCGCUUUAUAAGUGCUACAACCUGGAAAUCAUGCUCUGCUACCGCAGACACUUCGGGAGCGACGAGGCUGAAGAUGACAACAAGGAGUACGACGCCUACCUGUCCUACACUAAGGUGGACCUGGACUCUUUGGGCAGGACGAGCAGCGACGAGGAGACCUUUGCUCUGGAGAUUCUGCCGGAUGUUCUUGAAAAGCAUUACGGAUACAAACUAUUUAUACCAGACAGAGAUUUAAUACCCAGCAGUAGAAGAGUAGCUGUGAUCCUGAGUGACCUAAAACAGGAAAGAAAAGCCUACAUUGAGGACUUGGCGCGCAGCGUGGAGCAAAGCAGACGCUUGAUCAUUGUUUUGACUCCAGAAUUUGUUGCCAAAAGAGGCUGGAGCAUCUUCCAGAUAGAGACGCGUCUCCACUCCAUGCUGGUUACAGGAGAGAUCAAGGUGAUCAUGAUAGAGUGCGCAAACUUGAAGAAUGUUAUGAACUACCAAGAGGUGGACGCACUGAAGCAUACGAUCAAGGUCUUAUCUGUUAUCAAGUGGAGGGGUCCAAAGAGCAACGAGCUGUCCUCCAAGUUUUGGAAGCAGGUGGUCUAUGAGAUGCCGGCUAAACGCAGAGAGACUCUGUCCAGACGUCAGGUAAUGGACUCCGGUGAACAGGGCCUCUUUGGUGACCUACAGACCACUGUCUCCACCAUCGCCAUGACGACCACCUCUGCCUCACUAGCGCCCCCUAACGAGAAUCGCCAUGGCCAUCAUCAGGUUGCCUUGGCAACGGAGAUCCCUGACUACAACCAGAUGACCUUGCCACUGGGAGGGGGUCACACUGCUACGGCUGCCCAAAUGCGGCACUUCUGCCGCAGCUACGAGUUCCAGCUUCCCCCACAGCCUUCCAUGUCGCCCCCACUCCCACUUCCCUCCACGGUGCAGUUCUCCACCCUGGGCCCCGGGGGGCGCCAUGUCUAUUGCAACAUCCCCAUGACGCUGCUGAAUGGACAGGUGUCUCAGAGCAGUACGCUUGGGAAGAAGCCAGACCUCCACCUGAACAGCACCUUCGUACCGCUCACCAGCAGAGAACUAAGCUCUGACAUCUGGUAGACUGACGGCUCAGUCGGUACCCAUUUACGGACCGCUGGGCAGACGUCUUCUGGUGGAUUGCUUGUACAACUGGACUUUGUUUGGGGGGGGGGGGGGGGGGGGUUGACUUUGUACAGACUUGGGAGUUAGACGGCUCCUCGAAGACUGCCUGAGGACUGCUACUGGGUCACGUCAUACCACAUCAUGAACAAAGAACCUUAGUGGAAUCUUAAGAGUACUGGAUAAAAACAAAUUCUAAGAACAAUUGCUCUCUGUGAUGAGGGGAGUGAACUGGCUGCAGAUUGACACCAGCUUGGAUUGACUGACCAACAAUAUGGCCCACUGGGCAGAGGAAAAUUGAGUUUUUAGACAGAUGCAUGGAUAAAAGUACUAGAAAAGACUGAACAGGGUCCAGGAACCCUAAAUGAUUAGUAUGUGCAGACUCUAGGGACUCGGUUUGUCCAGACAGCUGCCAAGCUGCAUCUUAGAGCACAAAAAGGUUUCUUGAUCGCAGAUUGUUCUCACACCAGCUGCUAUGGAAACUGGUUGACUUGGAGGCUACUCUCCACAGAAGGGUCAGUCGGCUGAAUUCUGUCAUUCUUUUCCUGAAUGUAGGUCAGUCCUUGGGAAAUCAGUCUACCUGUUGACUACUGUAGGUGUUUUGGAAAAUACUCCACCUUAAAACAACAGUCAACCUCUUGAAGCACUAUAACUAGCUAGCUGGUUUGACUCAUAGAAACCGAGCUGGUUGACUUUGAAAUGUUUUUUUUUUAUAUACAAUGUAGACCAUUAACUAAAAUAGCAGAGAUUUUUCUAGGAAACAUUCAAAUAAAUAGCUAUCAUCUAACUGAAGGCUAGCUAACUGAAAGCUAGCUUUCAGGUAGCUAAUAGGUUUCAGUUAGCCAAUUGAAACCUGUUAUGAUUGUACAACUGAAAGCUAGCUAACUGAAAACUUUAAAAAAAACUAAAAACCUUUUCUAAAAUUUUCUAACAAAAAGCUAACUGAAAACUAGCUUUCAAUUAACUGAAAGCUUUCAGUUAACUGAAAGCUAGUUCACUAGCUACCUGAAAGCUAGCUACCUUCCAGUUAGCUAGGUUUCAGUUAGAAAGCUAGCUAACUGAAAGCUAGUUUUCAGGUAACUGAAAACUAGGUUUCAGUUAGCUUUUUGUUAGAAAAUUUUAGAAAAGGUUUUUAGUUUUUUUUAAAGUUUUCAUUUAGCUAGCUUUCAGUUGUACAAUCAUAACAGGUUUCAUUUGGCUAACUGAAACCUGUUAGUCUAACUGAAAACUAGCCUUCAGUUACCUAACAGUUUUCAGUUGGUGGUAGAUGGUAACCGGCUACCAUAACCUCCAAGUGUAGUCGACUGGAAGCAAACGGAAUCGGAGAUUAUCCGCAACCACCGAACUAAAUCGUAUUUCGACUUGGCUUCCUUUCUAUUUGCAUGACCCACCCAUUUAAAUACCAAGAGAGGAUCCAACAAACACAGGUAAAAGAGAAAAAUGACACAAUCAUUUGUUGCAGCCUUUUUUUGUUUUUAUAAUGAACCUGUUGUGUUGAUGCGGUAUGUUUUGUUUUCUGUCCGGCCAUGGCGUGAUGAUUAAAAACUGACAAAAAGGGGAAAAAAAGGAGGCUUCCCUCCGAUAAAAAUUUUGAUAUUUAUUUGAUCAUGUUUAAUUUAAGAGUUUAAUCCUCUUCGACUGUUUUUUUUUUCCCACAAAGAUUUGUUUUUACUGCCUGUUUGUUACAAGAAUCUCUGUACAGCUUUCCAUUACUUCUGUAUAGAUCCGAACAUGACAGUGAUUUGUUCUGUAGGUUUUCCACUAGCGUCAACGUGCUCCAGAGGCGUUCCAUUUUUGUUCUCUUCCACGUUUUUACAGACAGGUCGAUGGAUCGCCCCUACCGACGGACUGAUGUUUUAAACUCUAGCGCCGCCUGUCAGCCGAAGGGGGGUAGGGCGGUCCCACCGCAGAAGCCGCUCUAAAACUACAAGCUGAAUCAAACAUUCUUCUUUUUGAGCUUUAAAGGAAAUAGUUUAGACCGCAAUAUUUAAGCAAUGUGGAUAAUGUUUUGAAUUCACACAAAGGUACUGUCAUUGUCCUAUUAGAGCCAAUGAAAUUCUGGACAUUUUGAGGUUGUUUGAUACAAUAAUUACUUAUGAGUUGUUAUAUUCGAUGGCAAUAUACGGUAUAAUAGUUGUUUUUCUUUUCCCUUUUCUGCUCAUUUCUUGGACUAUACUUUGAAUAUAUUUGUUGACGUUAUUUAACUGAGAGCAAAUAAAAAUGCAUUAGUUGUUUUAUUAA